AGUUCAGAAAAACCCACAAAGGCACAAACACAAACUCAAAAAGUCAACCUCGACAGCUCAGAACUAAGUAUAAGAGAAGUGGGUUCCGUUUCUUUCAGUUCCAAAACCAGACAUCAUGGCAGGAGUAGAAAUGUUCCCUAGAGGAUUUGGCAAUGUAGCUUUUGUUCUUGUUGCUUAUUGCUUUCUCAAUUUCUGGAUGGGAUUCCAGGUUGGCAAAGCUCGCAAGAAAUACAACGUCCCUUAUCCAACCCUUUAUGCUAUCGAAUCAGAAAACAAAGAUGCCAACCUCUUCAACUGUAUUCAGAGAGGGCAUCAGAAUUCCCUGGAACAUAUGUCAAUGUUCUUUUUGCUGAUGGUGUUAGGAGGGAUAAGGCAUCCUUGUGCUUGUGUUGCUCUUGGAUCCAUUUAUACUGUCACUCGGUUUUUCUAUUUCACUGGCUAUUCCACUGGGGACCCUAAAAACCGUCUCACUAUUGGGAAAUAUGGGCUCUUGCCUUUGAUGGGGCUUAUAGGGUGCACAAUUUCGUUCGGCAUCAGUCUUCUUCGAGGGCCCUGUGACGGAAAAACCAGUAGCGGCUCCUCCUGCUACUUCUCAAGCAGCAGAGCGAACUAGGAAGUCCAAGGAGUGAUCCUGAGCUCCAACGUAACUUUUUGCGCAGUGUCUGAUUUGGUUUGCUGCUUUAGACAAUGUUGUUUUAAAUCUUAGAUCGAAGGAAGUUUAAGAUGUUGGUACAUGAUGCGAUAUGUAUCUCCUGUAUUUGUCGAUUAAAAAUCUAUUAUUCUGUUCCUAUAUAUAUAUAUAUAUAUUUAAGAAAAGUUUGGCUGAGCCUUUUCCAUCCUA